GACAUAAUACAAGAAGAUCACGCACAAGUUCUAAAUUAAUUUAAUGACAAGUUUGUGGAAGAUUUUGGAAACAUGUUUAUCGUGCUGUUACAAUUAUGCAUUCUUGCCAUGAGAGUUGCACUUGCGCAGGACACAACACCUCUAGACGAAUGUUUUCACAAUUCGAAUUCCCUUCAGAGAGAGAGUGGAACAUUUCAAAAUAUGAUUAGAAACGGAACCAAUGUGAUAUUCAUGGACUUAAUGUUUUCUGGGGGAACUAAUACAGACAAUACUGAAUUCUUUGAGCAACAAACAAUUCAGCGUUGGGUAUGGAUAGGGAAGAAGUACCAAUAUGUCCUGGGGUACCCAGAGGAUGUAGACGUGUACAGCUUUGGCCUUUUGAAAGUUAAGCAAGAGUCUCUCAGUGUCAAUAUAUCCAUCGGCAAUUUCUCAGAAGUUUGUAAAUCAAACUUUGAUAUGUAUCUUUCAAAAUACCUGCUAGACUUGAUAGAUGAGAACACGACCACUAUUUUUGAAGUACCAGAUGGGUACCUUUGUCAUUCAAACGUCAUUGCCGAUGAAAUACGAGAUUUUGUAAGUGAUAUAUCGGGUGUUCAGAUUGGAUAUGAUUUUAUGUGCAUCGAGGAUGAUAAAGAGGAAUUUUCUACGGUUGGAAAAUCGUAUAUAAAUAACAUUGCCAUUUUUAUAAUUCUGUUGGUAUAUUCUUUCUACCCGCUUAUUAUAGAGAUAUCGUUUUAUGUACGAGAUACAGAAAACAGAUUUGAAAUGUACUAUAUGUCUGACUCGCCUUACAGCCCUGCCAGAUUUUGUAGGUGUUUGAUCUUUAGCGGAAACAACAAGUACUACGCAGCAAUACGCAUUAUAAUUCUAAUUACCAUUGUUACGUCACUUGUGUAUUUACUUAAAUCAUAUGUAUAUGAGCUAUGCAACUGCUCUUUGAAAUCCUCAAACAAAGAACAGGAUUUUCAACAUGCUGAAAACUACUACAUCACCUUAAAAAAUAACGCGUUGCUCGUCUGGGGCGUUGUCAAUUUCUUUCUUCUCAAUGUAGCAUUGUUAUUAAAUUCUGAUGGUGUACUUGACGCUUUCUUAAUCUUUGACUUUACUGGAUUAUGUAAUGGCGAUUUCUUCCUGAGACUAAUACCAGUGACUGUCUUCUCAAAGGAUUAUCAAAAAUCAAUGACUUCGUUAAAAAUCCAAAAGUUAUCGCUGAUUUUAACCUAUAAGUUUUGGUCCAACAUUUUCUUCAUUAACAGCAAAACCUCCAGUUGUGAAUUUUAUCUCAUGCAAUCCAUCAUUACAUUUCCUUUAAACGUUAUGUUGAUCUUAUGUAGUACGUUCUGUCCUUUAGUUUGCAUUCUUCAUGCGUUUUAUGUCAGAUUCAUUUCAUUGGUGAGUAUGUGUAUAUUUUCCUUUCCUAUGAGUAAGAUUUCAGAAACUUACCCUAGCAUUACUUGCAUUCUUCAAUUCAUUGGCAAUAUUUUCAUACAUGGAGGGGCUCUGGCCUACAUAAUCACUUCUUACAUUUAUUCAUUCAAUAUUUUCUUUUACGGUAUUAGUUAUCUUAUUCAGUUUUUAUAUACUCUACGCUUUUAGCUGUACCUCAUUUUUCUGUAGAAACAUUUAUUUAUGUUAUAUAUCUGACAUAUCUUGUGUUAUACAUUUUUCGCUAUAUUUAUCAAUUUACAAAACUGUACAAAAAUCUAUUAAAAGAGGUCCUUGAUCUGACAGAGGAUAAACGCAUUCAUAUAAAAUGUUUCAAGGAGAUUGUUGACAAGUAUUUUCCCCUUCGAGUAGAAGUGUUUUAUUUGUGUAUAAAGAUUAUGUUAUCUGUUUUAUUUUUUUUAAUAAUAUUUGAUACCAUGCAGAGAGUUGGUUAUGUAAAAAUUGGAGUCCAACCAGAUUUGACUACUUUCAUAACACUUCUCUUCCUUUUCGGACCUCCACGAAUUGUUGAAGUUCUGCUUGUAACCGACUUUACAAGCAGGGUCCAUAUGAAGCAUUUCGAAAUAAAGGAAAUUGUCGAGGGAAUGCGAAAUGUAAUGAAUGACAACUCUGUUACGACAGUUAAUAUCUUAUCAGAACCAGAAAUUAGCCAAUUGAUGAAAUGUGCGCUUUGUAAUUGUAUAUAUAGAAAAUGCAAAACAAAUUUUGAACAUCCUAAAAUAUAUGCACCAAAACAAUCUGCCAAUGAUUCAGGCAUUGAAGUAAACAGCAAGGAAGAUACAGAAAGUGUGACACGUGAAAAGGGCGGGCAAAACUUAUGUUGUUCGGAAGAUGGUCAAAAUUGUUGUUGUUGUUGUUGUCGUUGUUGUUGUUGUCGUUGUUGUUGUUGCUGUGUGCUUCGUUUCAUAUAUACACUGUGUUGUGCGUGUAUAUGUCCAGUUCAUUUGCAAAAAUGUCUGUGUUGUCUGAUAUUAAAAGUAAAAAAGGACGAAAAUUCAAUCGACGUCAAAACUUAUCCUUUUGAAAUUGAAUGUUGCUGCAUCUCACUACCUGGGAAUCAAGAGGACACCAAUCCUAAAACUUUGGAGGAUACCAAUCCUAAAACUUCAGAGGACACCAAUCCCAUCAAUCAGGAGGACACCGAUCCUAUCACUCAGGAGGGCACCAAUCUUAUUACUCAGGACACCAAUCCUAUCAAUCAGGACACCAAAUUUAUCGCUCUAGAGGAUAUCCCUCUUUUAAACACUGAAGAGGACACCGGUGUAGAGGAUACUCCACUAUAAACUCGAUAAGACUCUAAACCAUUUAAUUUAAUUAAAUUAAUAGGACACCAAUCCUAACACUCAAGAGGAGAUCAACAAUUGUUGGAUGUAAUGUCAAACAUAUGUAUACAUGUCUCCAGAAUGAAGUUUGGAGAAUUGUUUAUUCUACUCGGUCCUUUUUCUUCCGUUUGUUCUGCUUCUUUCUCGUGUCUAAAACUUUUCACGGUAGUUCUCCAUAAAUUAUUGUUGAAAGUAAUAGAUAUUCGAUGUGACAGGCGAAUGUAUCUAGUUGUAUUCAAGUUGAUGGCGUUGUGGUACAUUAGGGGAGGGAUAAAAUAGAACUCUGUAGGGGAAACUUCAUUUCAAAAUUCAAGAGAAAUAAUUUGAUAAACAUGACAGAGUCUUCGGAUUUGAGAAAAUAAUGACAUGAACUACAAAUUAGUAUCGAGGUGAAGAAACUUCAGUGACUUUGACCUUCUGACGAUAAACAUGAAACUGAUAUUUAAACCGAGAUCAAGUGACUCAAGUCAUCUUGACCUCUGAACAUAAAAUUAGUAUUACUUAAAAAAAACAGGUCUGAUAAAGACAUAGGAUUUUCAAAUUGAUGAGAUCUACAAACUAGUAUCCAAUGUCCUUGACCUCUGACCUUCAACACAAACAUUUAUCUUUAACUUUCGAACCGGAAUUCAUAGAGAUGGGGUUUUCAGAAAUAAUAAGAUACAAACAAGUAUCAAGAUCAAAUGACCUUUGAACAGAAAACUCGUAUUACUUUCGAGAUAAGAUUUAUAGAGAUAUGAAAUUAUAAAAGGGUGCUGUAAUCUACUAACGUGGAUCUCCAGCGACCUUUGACCUUGAUCAUACAAAGCCGUAUUCUUUUUGCGCUCACGGCCAUUGAGCAGGGAGGGCUCUUUAUCGUGUCACACUUGCUGUUUUUGAGGUCUCAUCUGAAUGACCACCACAUUUAAACAUAGAAAAAGCCCAUGUUAUACAACUAUAGCUAGUACUUCGUUUGGGAAAUUUUAUGAUGGGCAGAUUAUAAUCAUAUCGUGUCCACUAUAUAAUAAACCCGAAACCCUAAAGACAAUCUUGACGUGUCGGAACGGAAAACUAAUAUCUGAGGAAAUGAUAACUGAUACAUUGUGAUUUGAAUAGAAUUCAUGCAACUAACAUUAUCUCUAAGUACCAUAGAACACAAAACACGGGCAGCGUUUAAGGUAUGCAUAUAUACCAUUACCUCAAGGAGGAGUACGCAUCCCCUGACGACUGGUCACACCCACCGUAAACCCUAUAUAUGUCAUUAGCUCAAUGCAGCAGUGGGAACCACGAAGCAUGUACAUAUUUCAUGGUAUACAUGAAUUAAUGAUUUUCUUCUGACUUCAUCUAAUUGAACUGUACUAGUGGAUACUAUCGGAGUCACAGUCUUUACGUGCAUGGUCAUGUACCUGUGGUGUAAUUUCUGUGCAACUAACAUCAAUCACCAAAGCCAUAUAGUAAUUAUUUGCUACGCAGACAUGUACUCACAUACUAAAUAGACUUAAAAUUUAAUUAACACUAAUGAUGUAUUUUCAAUAUAUAAUAAUAUUUCAACAGACUCUUUUGAAGUCUGCCUUUCGCAAAUGUUUCGGUCGUUUUGAUGAUCUUAUUUGCAAGUACAACCUGUCACUUGGUCAAAUGUUGUCUAACGUUCUUUACACACUGAUUAUGGAUUACUCCAUCCACCUGAUUAAGAUAGAGGACUCGUGGCAGGUAUGACCGUCAAACGGGGAAUGCUUACUCUUUCUAGACGUCUGGUCCCUCCUCUGGUAUUUCCAGGGGUCUUUGUUUACUUUGCCAUUGUUUAUAGGAUUUAUUAAAUUUAUCACCAUUUGACAACUUCACUGGGGGUUUUAACUGUAACUGAUAUAGCUUACAUUGGUUAAAAUAAUGCACUGUCUGGGCAUUUCUCAAGAUUUUUUCUUGGAAUUUUUUGUUUUGUGUGUGUUUUCAAGGAUUGAUUUUUCUCAUUUUCAUUCGACGCAGUAUUGAAAUGUGAUGUUUUGUAUGCAGUAUUGAAAUGUGAUGUUUUGUAUGCAACAACUUUAUAUGUAUAUUCGAGUAACAUAUUCAGACCAUAUUCAGUACAAAACUCUGUUGUAUGUUUACAAAUGUCUUCAUAAACCUACUCCUGGAUAUUUCUCCGAAUUGAUAACAAUAUGGAAACCGACGAGAUCGGAAUCAGCCUUUCUGGUUACAGUGUCUGUAACCAGGACAAAGACUUAUGGAGAACGGAUAUUUGAAUGACUUCAGCGACACUUUGGAACGGUUUGUCAUGUGAAGUUAAGGAUGUUUAGAAACUUGACAGUUUUAGAAGAGGUUGAGAGACCCACGUCUUUAGUCAGGCUUUUAAUGUAUUUUUGAUUUUUAUGUUUAUUUAUUUUUGUCCCCUAUGAAAUUAUGCCAAUAGAAUUUUACCUUUUAUUUUUUGUGACGCUCUUUUAGAAAUCGAGUAUUUUUAUGUGUAUUUAUUAUUUUGUGAUGCUGUUUUAGAAAUCGAGUAUAUUUAUGUGUAUUCAUUAUUUUGUGAUGCUGUUUUAGAAAUCGAGUAUUUUUAUGUGUAUUUAUUAUUUUGUGAUGCUGUUUUAGAAAUCGAGUAUUUUUAUGUGUAUUUAUUAUUUUGUGACGCUGUUUUAGAAAUCGAGUAUUUUUAUGUGUAUUUAUUAUUUUGUGAUGCUUUUUUAGAUAUCGAGUAUUUUUAUGUGUAUUUAUUAUUUUGUGACGCUGUUUUAGAUAUCGAGUAUUUUUAUGUGUAUUUAUUAUUUUGUGACGCUGUUUUAGAUAUCGAGUAUUUUUAUGUGUAUUUAUUAUUUUGUGGGUUUGAUGGUUGUAUUUUUAGUAUAUUGUAACGCGCUUUAGAGUACUUUUUAUAUAAUGUAAUAUAAUAUACAUGUAUUUUAUCAUU